AUGUACAUACUGAAGAAGAAAUGCGAUGAAACCCGUCCACAGUGCUCCCGAUGCGCCGAGCGUGCUCAGGAGUGCUCCUACGAACCGGUCAAGCCUCGUCAACGCAAGAAGCGCGACUCUAUCGCCGGGUUUGGAUCCGGCACCGGCUCUCAAACAAGCGCAUCUGCAAUCACUCGACGUUAUUCGGCCUCCGAUGCAACCAUGCGACGCUGGAAGGAGGAAUAUCUGGAUGACGAGAACGAUGUGGCUGUGGAGGAAGCCAUGUUGGAAGAGAAUGGCAACCCGCUCAUAUUUGACUUCAAGAAGAUGUUCGCCAUGUACCACAACAAGGACGACGACGACGACGACGCGCCCCUAUUCUCUCCCGUCGACUCCGUGGCUUUCGACCUGUCACUGGAAGACGCAGACGAAGAAGUCAUUCGCUGCGGAUCGGUGCAGCAUAACGCCAUAUCCCGCCUCGCCGUUACACGGCCGCAGCGCCACUCGGACCUAGCCAUGAUCGCGCCCGUCCCGGUGGCGUCGCCACAUCUCGAGCUAUUGUUCCCGACGUUCUCCGAGUUUUCGGAUCGGCCAAAUCGUCGGGCUUUGGUCGACCACUUUACCAACGUCAUGUCGCAUUUGAUUGUACUCCGCGAGACCGAAACAGGGAACCCGUUCCGGCAGCUGGUAUUGCCGCUUUGUCACAGCAGUUCGACGGUGACAAAUGCCAUCUACGCGCUGGCGAGUGCGCAUCUGGAGAAUAGAGGCUGCGGGCACGCUGAAGAGAAGGCGGUGUACUUCCACAACCAAGCCAUUCAGGGUUUGGCGCGCUUGAUUGAGCUCGGUGGCCAAGCAAACAAAAACGAGCUUCUAGCCACCAUCAUGCUGCUGGUUUACUACGAAGUACUUGUGCAACAAAACCGAUCCAACAUAGUUGAUGGCCAUCUCAAAGGCGCCAUCGCAAUCAUGAAUGCCAACAGCGAUGAUACCAACCCCACCACUGCCUUUCUUGAACGCGCGUUCCGCUUCUACGAUGUUAUUGCUGCGCUCUCUUUCGGCACGGCUCCCCUCUCAACGGCACCAGCAACAGGUUGCCUCGCCCCAUUCCCACCCAUUGACUCCUCUACUUCGUCAUCCCUCGGAUCUGUCGACACAUUGCUCGGCUUCUCCACAACUCUUUGGCCCAUUAUCCAUCGCCUCUCCAACCUCCUGUCGCUCAAGACCGAGCUCCAGGCGGCUAUCGCCGACGGCCAAACGACCAAAGUUGCCGUUCUCCGCAGCGAGUUUGAGACCACAUCAGAAGCCAUCGAGCAUGCUCUCAAGGUAUGGCAGCCCAGCUUUCCUCCAGGCUUUUCGCCCGAUACCAUGGACGACGUGAUGACGGACGAGUCUGAGGUGGCCACUGAGCGCGCCCGGCUGCAGUCUAUCCUUAACAAUGCUCUGGCCUACCGUCACUCGGCUUUCGUAUAUCUCUACCGCAGCAUCUACGGUUACCCGCGACGACACCACCAGGUGCAGCAUCACACGCACGCUGCGCUAAGCCACUGCGCUGCUACAGUCAAACACGCUGGGCCGAUGGCCGCUCUGCUGUGGCCCUUAUUUGUUGCGGCCUGCGAGGCCAUCAGUCCCAGCGACAGAGAGUUGGCACAGCAGGCGUUCGUGGCGAUCGAGCGCAGGCAGGGCAUGACGAACAUUCAGCGCGCCUGGACCAUCGUGCAAGAGGUCUGGAGACGCGCAGACAUGAUUGAUGACCACACCACGGACGAUGACGGCGCUGUCAUGAUGUCAACGCCCAACCAGCAGCUUAGCAAGGGGGCAGACCUGUGGAGACGUGUCAGCGAGGAUAUGGGCGUGACGAUUGUCUUUGGGUGA